AUGGAAACAGUACAAAAACUUUUUGGUAAAAAACCAACAUCGGAUGAAAUGGUAAGGAAAUGGCAAAGAGAUAUUCGAACACAACAAAGAUCAUUAGAAAGGCAAAUUAAAGAUUUUAACGACGUAGAGAAAAAAACCAUAGCUCUUUUGAAACAAAAUGCCAAGAAAAAUGAUAAUGCUGCCUGUAAACUUUUUGCCAAAGAACUUGUAAGAACACGUCGACAAAAACAAAGACUAUACACUGGUAAAGCACAAUUAAAUUCAAUCAAUUUACAAUUACAACAUCAAUUAGCAACCGUAAAAUUAUCUGGAACAUUAAAAAAAAGCACAGAUGUUAUGAAAAUGGUGAAUGGAUUGACAAGAUUACCAGAAAUUUCCAAAGGUAUGCAGGAAUUAUCAAUGGAAAUGACAAAGGCAGGUAUUAUGGAUGAAAUGAUAGAAGAUACGUUUGAAGGAUUGGAAGAAAGUGAUGUUGAAGAAGAGGCAGAACAAGAAGUUAACAAUGUUCUUUUUGAACUAACAAAUGGUUUACUUGGCGAGGCUGGAAAUGUUGGUGCACCACUUGAGCAAACACAAGAGGAGGAAGAAGAACCCGAACUUGAUGAGAUGCAGGCAAGAUUGCAAGCAUUGAAAUCCUAA